UACGUCCCCCUGUGUUAUAGUGACUGAUGGUCGUUAUGUAAAGUUGACAGUGUUGCAGGUGUUGAUAUUGAACUGUGGAACAGUGGUUGACAGAUUCACACACGCAGAAAUAAACAGACUGAUUGGAGAUGUCAGCGCCUUCUCCUCACGACCGCAGUCGGACAGACGAUGAAGACGACCCUGUUGAGCGGAUGAUAUCCCGGACCGGCUGUGCUGAGCUACACUACGCUGUGCAGGAGUGCAUGGCUGAAAAGCAGGACUGGAGAGCAUGUCAGAAGCAGGUCCAGACUUUUAAGGACUGCAUGAUGAGCUUUCAGAAAGCACGGAGAGAACAGCUGAUGAAAGAGCAUUUAAAACCCACAGAGUCUGCACACAGCUGAAAACACAACAACACAAAUGAAGAGUGUGUGACAGGAACUGUGAGGUAUGGUUGGAAAAGUUAGACUGCACCGGAUUAAAUUCCUUCCACUGAUACAGUAAUCAGUGACAUGCAGGAUGUGAAGGCAGAUCAUCAUGGAAUCUCACAUGAUUAUAUUAUUAAGGGUGUUUUUUAAAUAACAAUAACUGUU